ACUGUCAAAUUCUUGAGGUUAUAUUUCCCGAAAGUUGGGUUAUGUAUUUUUAGAAAAUUUUACAUUUUUGUAAAUAGAAAUGUUUUAAAUCGUAACAAUGUCAGAGACUGAGCUUCAAGAUGAAGAGCGCGAAGUCUUAUCGUCAAUUUACGACGGAGACAACUGUUUUAAACAAAUUUCAUCCAACACUUUCCAAUAUAAAUUUGGGGAAAGUGAUGCCAUGAAAUCGUUCCUGUUGGAAAUACAAUGGGGUGAAAAAUACCCCAACGAAGCGCCUAAAGUUAACAUGGACACGUUUUACAAUAAACACAUUACAAAGCCUUUGAAAGACAAAAUAGUGUCUGUAGUGGAAGAAGAAGCGUUACAGUUUUUGGGAAUGUCAAUGACUUACUCUCUAUUUGAAUUUAUCAAAGAGAAAUUUGAAGAACUGAUGUUGGAACAACCUGAAGAGAUCAUUGAAACGGUUGAAAAGUCCCCAAGUCCCGAACUCGAACAAACGACGAGUCAGAAAGUUCCGAAAAAAGAACACUUGACCAAAGCACAAAAACGUCGUCAAUGGAAUCGAAUCGACAGUAAAGGGGAGAAGCCCCGAGGCUGGAAUUGGGUCGAUAUUGUCAAACAUUUGUCGCAAACAGGGCCUAAAGAACCAACACCCACGUCAUAAAUAACUGUAUUUAUAUUAAAAAUAUAUAUUUUUAUCAAAAACUGUUAUUCAAUCAACCAUAAAAACUGUAUAAAAAUAUU